UUUGCGAUAUCUUCCUUGUGUGUGUGUGUGUGUGCGUGUGUAUGUGUAAAAUUCAACACUGACCUUUGCUACAAAUUGAGGACAACAGCAUGUCUUUGAAACUACCUCGCAACUGGGAUUUCAGCACCUUCAAAGUUGAGACAGCUCGUAUUGCUCGCUCUAAGAGCAUAUUAUCUGGUGAGGGAAGCUCAGGUCUGAGUCCAGGCUCAAGACGAUCCCUCAAGUCCAUGGAGAGGCCUUUGAAGGCUGGCUGGCUCAAGAAACAGCAAAGGUCUCUUGUAAAGAACUGGCAACAGCGCUACUUUGUACUGAGGGGAAGCACCCUAACCUACCACAAAGAUGACCGAGAAACGGCUGUCCUGGGCUUUAUCCAGCUUCAGUUCAGCAAGGUCAAUGAACUCCCCUCAAACUCAGAUGAGCCUGGGAAGUACAUCUUUGAAAUCAUACCAGGUAAAAGUGCAGAUAAAGAGCGAUGCCCUCAUGUGUUCAUGGCCACCUCCCAAACCGAUAUGAAUGAGUGGGUCCGAACCCUGCGCAGGGUCAUUGGUGUUCCGAGUGGAGUGUUUGGAAAAAGUCUGAAGGACACAGUGAUGUAUGAGCAACGUUUUGGACCCCAGAUGGUGCCCAUCCUGGUCCAGAAGUGUGCGGAGUAUAUCAGAGAGCAUGGUCUAAAUGAGGAGGGCAUCUUCCGCCUCCCUGGGCAAGACAACGCUGUCAAACAAUUCAGAGAUGCCUUUGACGCAGGAGAGAGGCCGUCUUUCCCCAGUGACACGGACGUCCACACGGUGGCGUCGCUGCUCAAGCUGUACUUGCGAGAGCUGCCAGAACCUGUAGUGCCAUGGUCUCAGUACCAAGCCUUUUUGGACUGCACCAACACGCUGGACUCUGGCAAUGAAGAAGGGGAAGAAAAGUUAGAGAAACAGAUCGCCCUCCUCCCAAGAAUCAACUACAAUCUCCUAAGCUAUGUUUGCCGGUUCUUAUUUGAGGUUCAGCUGCAUUCCCAAGUCAACAAGAUGAACGUGGAGAACCUGGCCACGGUGAUGGGGAUCAACCUGCUCAAGCCACAGUUAGAAGACCCCAUCUCAGUAAUGAAGGCAACUCCUCACAUCCAGAAGUUGAUGACGGCGAUGAUCCGACGACACGAGACUUUGUUUCCUCUAUGCAACGACGUGCCUCCCUCUCCUCCCUCCAACAAGGCCGAGAACCAGAAGAACUCUCCUCGCAACUUUGUUGGCUGGGGCUCUACUGAGAUGAGUGACAGUGCUUUCUCUGAGUCUACCGAGGAGGAUAAAAAUGACAGUCCAGGUCCCCUGAGAGGAAAUUGCAUCUCUCCAGAUGUCCUGCAAGAUUCAAUGCCAUCUUCUGACAACUGGGCCGGGAGCCCCCGCAAACGUACCCAAACUCUGCCUACCUUCAAUUGCCCCCUCACGGGGAUGGCGGCAAAGGCUGGUGCCAUCCACCGCUGGAGUCGCAACCAGGAUCUAGUGGAAGACAAGAGUGCGACGUUGUCAGAGGACAUCUUUAAGAUCCUGGAUCUCCGCUGUUCAGGAUCUUUUUCAAAAGGCACGCUGAAAGGCAUCAAGGAGGGAGACGUGAAAGUCAGAGCGCAAGACGAAACCAAUCACAAGGCUCCCACUACUUCUAGCUCCCAAAAAUCUGACAGUGGCUCGCAGUCUGCUCGGGCCCAAAAGAGUGUUGAGCCCUUGGUAGAGAGCUCUUUAGAUCAGGGGGUCAACAACAGGACUGAGCAGAAGAGAGACAACCAGCAGUCUCCUGACAGUGUGCAGCAGGAGCUGAAGGAGCUGAGGGCCACUGUGAGUGAACUUCAGUCUACUUUGGAGGCAGAGCGCCACCAUGUGGCAGCUUUGGAAAUAUGCCUCAGAAAUGCAGAGCGCAGUCGGGAUGAAGCUGAGAGAAGAAAUGAAGAACUGCAACGGGACAUUCAGCAGUUUCUCAGUCGAAAGCCCCAAUCUCCCACUUAACGGUUGGGAAAUUAUUGUUCGUGUUGGCGGACUUUGGAGUGUUUCUUCUUGCUUGCUGAGUCCAGAUGAGAAGUUUUUGGUGGCUCCUAUGGGAAUAAUCUGUUCAGUCGAUAGAUAUUUUCAAAUGUUAACAAAGACUUCACCGGCUGUUAGUUUCUUAUCAUAUUUCCUCUAAUCUAAGUCCCCCCUCUCCCCUCCAUUAAUCGUCUACUUGGAUAAAUAAGUACCGGUACACAAAUGGAUGGCUCGUUUCUUCCAACAUAAUAAUAGAUACAUUUGCAUUUACUGUGACCGAUUGCACCCUGUGGUGUCUGGGUACCACUCCACAGAGAAUCGCCAUGGCAUCUGCAACGGGAACAUUUACAGUAGACGUUAAAGUCGACGUGCUCCGUUUUGCCUUGUGUCGUAGUGUGGAGCAAAACCUGCUAAACCUUUCAGGAGGAAAUAAUUGCAGAUUAGAAACCAAAACUAAAGAAAGUAAGAAUGCCGGUGUGUUUGAGAUGUGCCUCACGAUUAAGUCGUUUCCAUUAAAACGAUGAGAAAGAAAGUGGAUGAACUACUCUUUAGUGAACCACAUGACCCGUAAUGCAAUAUAGAAUAGAUUACUGUAAUGUAUGUUGCAAUAUGGGACAUGCAUGUGUUAUUAUAAUGCAUAUUCUGUGUUGCAUUCAUUUCUGUACCACUGGUCCUCAUUAGGGCUGUGGCUGAGCUGGAGUUGAUCACAGCUGCCUUUGGGCAACAGGCUUUGUGCACCCUGCAAUGGUCACCAGCCGACUGCCUGAAGUCGGCUGGGAUGGGCUCCAGCACGCCCGCGACCCACGUGAGAAUAAGCAGCUCGGAUAUUGGAUGGAUGGAUGUUACUCCAACAGAAUGUCAAUAUUUAUUUGUGGAAAACUAGACGAUAUAGGUACACAUGUCUUCUUACUCUGCAGUCGAGUAAAUAAAGGCCUGUGUCCAUUCUAUGAGGAAAUGAAUUCAUGAAUUAAAUUACAUUGAGUUACACAACACGGUUUGUGACAAAAUCUUGACAUCAGACAUUUUGAAUUCCCACUGAUAUUUAAGGUAGGUUUGUAACUCAAGUGGAAUCCACAAAUACAGACAGUUGAUGCCACAACAGACAUCUCAUUUAGGGAAUGACACUCCGGUAAUUACCGGUAGUUGUUUAAGAUAUUCAAAAUCGGUAUGAGCGUGUACUCCAACAGUUUAAUCGCAGCUAUUCGGUGGGCUGUAUCAAAGAUUCCAUAUGGGGAUAACAUGAUUUGAUUGACACAGGAAUAUAUUGCGUUUUAGUUAACAAUUUGAGAGCAAUUUGUGAAAAUUAGCUUUAUUACGGUUGUGUGCUCCGUAUGUUUAAUUCGGCGCUUGCACUGGUGCUGAUUGAACUCUGGGGCUGGCAUAAGUUUUCUAGCUGUAUACAAUCUUUGAAUUGAGGAUGUGGCCGGGCUAAGAA